UAACUUUGUUCUUCUUCUCUUUAACUCCUUUUAUUAAUUAUCCAUCAACCUUAAUUAACUUGGGUCAAAGUUUCUUUCUUUAAUUUACCCAAGUUGGAUUAUUCUCUUAAAUUUCUGUUUCAAUGAAUUUAGCAAAGUUUUAGUUUUUGUCUAAGAUUGUUGGCUGGCUGCUGCAACUUUUGAUUUUUGUGCAAAAGCUUAACAUCGAAGUCAAGUUAAAAGGAUUUUCUGCCAACCUUACUUUGUUAGAUUCUGUUUGCAUCAAAAAAAAAAAAAAAAAAAAAACAACUUUGUGAGAUUCUGUAAUGAAGGGAUGUAAUUUUUCAAAAGAAUAAAAAUUGAUCAGAUUCUUCUGUUUUUUUCACCAUUUUUAGAUGCUUUGGUCCAACUUGUUGGAAAUUUUUUCUGGGAUUCUCAGAUUUGGUGGGGUUUUAUUCUUUUAUGAAUUUGAUGGGUAUUUGAUUGUAUUCAAUCUUAUGUCAUCUGCUUCUUUGACUGAUGCUAAUUGGAUGCAACUUUUCAAUCUCAAAUGAAUAAAUUGGUUCUUCUCUCUUAAUGGUGGAGUAACUAAGGAUUUUUAAAAUAGCAUUUGAUUCCUUUUUUAUUUAUUUAUGAAUGGUUCUUUUCUGUGUGAGAUUCUUUAAUUGAUGAUAUAUUUUUGGGUAAAUCUGGAUUCUGUGCAGGCAAGAAUAAAAAAUCAUUGAGGGGGUGAAGAAAUCUAGGAAAUGCUUAUUCCUUGAUGCUUUUAUAUCAUAGGUGAUUCUCUUGUGAAGAACAUACAUCAGCUUCUGAUUUAGUUAGUGGGGAUAUAGUGUAUUUGAAGCUUUUUGGAAUUUAAAGGAAGGUGGGGUACUCUGAUAAAUGGAUGAUGCUGCUUUCCAUUCUAGUGUUGCAUUUGGAGUUCCAUCAAAUUCGGCAAUGGAACUCGAUUAUAUGGAUGAGCUCUUGCUCGAAGGAUGUUGGUUAGAGUCAGUUGAUGGCUCUAAUUUCUUUCAUCAGAGCCCUUCUACCUCUGGUGCUUUCUUUGAUUCUUCAUACCUAUGGCCAAUGUUAGAGGUGACGAACGAAAAAUCGAGCAUGAACAUGUCGCAGAAAUGUGGUCAGCAAGUGAGGGAAACUUCGGAGUUGGCUGAAAAUCCAGUUCAAGUUGAUACCCAAUUAGGAAAUCGAGUUAGUAUGUCGAAUGGCCAGAGUUUGGUUACUAUUGCAACAGAUUCAGAUCAAUUUGACAAAUUCUGUGCAGAAGGUUCUGAGCUCAAUAAAUUGCUGUGGUUCAAACCUAAACCAGCUUCUACCGUAAUGGAAAGGUUGUUGAAGGCUCUUAAUUAUAUUAAAGAUUCAGCAAAAGGCAAUGAUCUCCUUGUCCAAAUAUGGGUUCCUGUUAGUAGGGGCGGUACCCGUAUUUUGACCACUGUCGACCAACCUUUCUCAGUCAACUCCAGUGGCUCACAACUUGCCAAUUACAGAAACAUUUCUAUGAAUUAUGAGUUUGCAGCAGAGGAAAACGCCGCUGUGUCAGUGGGAUUGCCUGGAAGGGUUUUCUUGGGACAAGUUCCUGAAUGGACUCCUGAUGUUAGAUUUUUCAGGAUUGAUGAAUAUCCACGAGUUCCUUAUGCUCAGCAAUGCGAUGUUCGUGGCAGCCUUGCUCUCCCGGUUUUUGACCAAGGUAGCAGGAACUGCUUGGGAGUUCUUGAGGUCGUCAUGACCACUCAGAAGGUUAACUACCGACCUGAACUUGAAAGUGUCUGCAGAGCUCUUGAGGCUGUUGAUCUUCGAAGUUGUUCCGAGAUUCCAGGUCCUCAAAAAACAAAGGAGUGCUGCAGUUCAUACCAAGCUGCAUUACCAGAGGUCCUGGAGGUGAUUAAAUCUGCAUGUAGUAGUCACGGGCUUCCCCUAGCCCAAACAUGGGUACCGUGCAUCCAACAAGGCAAAGAGGGGUGCAGACACUCUGAUGAGAAUGUCUCCCGAUGUGUGUCAACAGUCGAUUCAGCUUGCUUUAUUGCAAAUCCUUAUAUGCAAGAGUUCUAUGAAGCUUGCUCAGAGCAUCACCUAUUUAGAGGACAAGGUGUUGCUGGGAAGGCAUUCAUGACAAAUCAACCAUGCUUUUCAGCAGACAUAACAACUUAUUCCAAGACCGAGUAUCCUCUCUCGCACCAUGCGAGGAUGUUCGGCUUGUGUGCUGCUGUUGCUAUUCGCCUUAGGUGUAUCUACACGGGUAAUGCUGACUUUGUGUUGGAAUUCUUCCUGCCUACUGAUUGUAGGGAUCCAGAAGAACAGAAGAAAAUGCUUACUUCACUUUCAAUCAUUAUACAAAGAGUUUGUAGAAGUUUAAGGGUUGUCAGUGAUAAGGAACUAGAGCAAGAAACUUCAAUGCUGAGUAACAAUAUGUUAAAAGGGGAAAAUACUGUAUCGAAUUCUUCUCAGGAGGAGUCGUGUGGGACUGCUUUCCAGGAGAGAGACAGAACUAGCGGUCUCCCGGUUCCUCAAGACGAUCAAACAAGGGAAAAUUUUGCUGGUAAACUAUUGAGCCAGCAUUCACCACGCGCUAACAUGAAGGGAAGUCCAGGCUUCAGCAGUCUAGACUGUUCUGCUGUUGGUGAAGGGAGUUUCUCAACUUCUGGAAAAUCUGGAGACAAAAAGCGGGCCAAGGCAGAGAAAACUAUUACAUUGGAAGUUCUUCGUCAGCAUUUUGCUGGCAGCCUCAAGGAUGCUGCGAAGAGCAUUGGCGUAUGCCCUACAACUUUGAAAAGGAUAUGCAGGCAGCACGGAAUUAAGCGGUGGCCUUCCCGGAAAAUAAAGAAGGUUGGUCACUCCUUACAGAAGCUUCAAGUUGUGAUUGACUCGGUUCAGGGUGCCUCCGGUGCUUUUCAAAUCGGUUCAUUUUAUUCAAACUUCCCAGACUUGGCCUCCCCAAAUCUCUCAAAUACUAGCCCGUUUUCAACUCCUAAGCAACAUGAUCCUCCUACACAAACAAGCAAAGAGCUUGAGGGUACUGCUACAUCAAAAUCUCCCUCUUCAUCCUGCAGUCAGAGUUCUAGCUCAAGCCAGUGCUGCUCAUCAGGGACACAGCAGCAGCCUUCUACAUGGAAUGGUUCGGGUAAUGAGGAUCCUCAGGUGGGCCCAAACUCACUUGAAAUCUGCUUAAAACGUGCAAGAAGUGAAGCAGAGCUAAUUCACACACCAAGUCAUGAAGCCGGACACAUUAUUUCAAGGUCACAGAGCCAGAAAUCUUUGGUAGAGCAUCAUAAUAAUGUUGAUAAUCGUCCACCACUACCAAAUUGUGGGGUCCACGUGAUCCAAGAAAGCGAUUCUUUGAGGGUGAAAGUCACAUAUGGAGAGGAGAAGAUCAGAUUUCGUAUGCUGAGGAGUUGGGAGUUUAAAGAUUUAGUGCAAGAAGUAGUACGCAGAUUCAAUAUAGGUGAUAUGAGUGGUUAUCAGCUGAAAUACUUAGAUGAUGACUCCGAGUGGGUGUUGCUAACGUGUGAUGCUGAUUUGGAGGAAUGUGUUGAUAUAAGUCGAUCAUCCCAGAGGCAAACAAUCAAGCUCGCCCUUCAAGUUUCCCAAAGUCAUUCAAGAAGUUCUGUUGCAAGCAACAGCCACUUGUGACAGAUUAACAGUUGCUAGCGACAUACAAUGUGAUUUAGGAUGCAUUCUCUUCACCUUUAAUAAAGCAAGUUUCAGGGCUUAUUAAGGCUGAUGAGGUUCAAUCGGAUGUAGAAGAUGAGACGAAACCAGAGCUGAUCAGGUCCAAUCGCGUAUUAGUUCAAACAAAGUCAAAUGAAGAGAACACACACAUAUUGUACCUAGCUAGUGUUGAUUUUUUUUACUGAGGAUCAAAACCCCGACGUUUUGAAGCCUGGGUAGCUUGAUGUAGUGAUGGAAAGCAUGGCAAGCAACGCAGGAAACAAAGUCUCUGAGAAUUUUCGUUCUCUAGGUUGGUGUUGAAAGAAUCAACAAGUAGGUGUUCAACUAAAUUAUGUAGUAUUCUUGUUUUUAGUAUUCUGCUAGUAUUAUUGCUACUUGACACCUUGUACCUUCAAAAUAUAAGCAAUUAAAGCUUAUGGAGGUAUGAAGGUCAUAGUUACCAUUUUUAUUGUAUCUUUGCCUGCAUGUUUUUAUUUAAGGCAACGAACCUUGAUAAUGCUCUCAAGUCUCAACAAAUUGUAUCAUAAGUUUUUUCAUUUCUUCCCCUUGAUUUAUUUUUAGGUAGAUUGUACCAUAUCUUUUUAAGAAUGUAAAAUAACGAUUGAAGCUUUUUUGCA